AUGCCGGACCUUCCAACGCCGACGCCGAAGCCCGCGGCCGCCAAACCGUCUGUCACCGGGCCCAAACCCAAACCUCGCGCAGGGGUGGUGCGCAAAACCAAAGCGGAAAGAGAACAGUUCGCGAAAGAAGAGGCAGAGCGACAGAAGGCUCGGCUGGCAGAAGAAGCCAAAAAUGAGCGUGCGAGAGGAGGUGCAAGAGGAGGACGGGGCGGUGCUCGUGGAGGGAGGGGCGGGUCUUCUACUGGGCAGAGAGACGAAAGAGCUAGAGAUGGCCCCAUAAGCGUCGGUAGUGGUGUUUUCGGCGCAGGCAGCGGGUUGAAGCCUGGUGGCAGGCCCAGAGGCUUGCUUGCUGAAGGGUACAGUGAGAUGCUCGACGGACAGCCAGGAAUUAAGUUCGACGAGUCCCAAGCCGGAACCGUCGAGCUUGCAGGAUCUUCUGGCGGGGGAAGAGGAGCUGGGUCUCGAAGAACAGAGGCAUUCGAUAUUCCGUCGGAUGAAGAAGCUGAUGAGCCCAAGCGAGACAUCGAGAAGAUUUGUAUUUCCAGUGGAGAAGAGGACGAAGGCGCGGUCUCGAAAAAGGGAAAGGCAAAAGCUAUACGCCGUGCGCCGAGAACCGGUACAGGACUCCGACCUGUUCGUGCGCCUCGAAUUCGGAGAGAGGAUGAAGAAGACGCGAGUGCUUCAGGCAGGAGGCAGGGGUUGGUGAAGAAGAACGAGCCGGAUUUCCACGAGCCCGACGAAGACGAGAUGGAUGUGGACGAGCCGGUGGUUGUAAAAGAGCAGCUGUCAAGCCCUGAGCUGCGGAAACGGAGUCUGAGGAAGUCCAGCAACAAAGCCAGAGAGGCCAAGUUGGCAACCGAAACCAUCGAGGAGCGGGCUGAACGACUACGAGUUUCAGACGACACUCACAAGCUUCGGAAUCUGUUUGUCGCACAGCAGAUUAAACCCCAGGCAACGGCCGACGACUCUGAUGUGGAGGAAUCCGGCAUCGAAGAUGGCAAAUUCUUUCUCUUCCAACUGCCGCCCCUGACACCAUUUCUGCUUGACGCCGACGCUAUUGUCCAAGAGCCGGCCAUCAAAGCAGAGCCAACUAGCGACACAAUCGCAACGGUCCCACAGUCCUCGACAGUCACAGAGGCGAAUGCGUCCGGCGGUGUGGAAGUGAAAAAGGACCCUGACCUUGAUGGCGCUGGUACUAUUCCGAAACCGAUCCUUGAGAUGGACGGUCUCUUGACGGCGACCGAGCCCACUCGACUCCCGUCCGGGCUUGUAGGCAAACUGCGCCUCCAUCAAUCAGGCAAAGUCUCGCUCGACUGGGGAGGCACGGACAUGGAAGUGCGGUACGGGUCGGAGGUAGACUUUUUGCAGGACGUGGUUCUGGUGAAACCCGGCGUGAAGACGGAAGGACAGGGCGAAAACGAGAACGUGACCGCCACGGAUGGAGACAGGUCAGAUGCACACAAGGACAGAGCAGGCGCGGCGUAUGCGCUGGGCCACGUUAGGAAGAAAUUGGUCUUGAUCCCAGACUGGGCCAAACUUUACGAUUGA